GUUUAUACAGAGCCAUAGCUAUGGCGCGUCAAGCGCGACCAAGCCCGUGCGCUCUUCCGGUUCUACUCUUGGUUGCUCUCCCGCUGACUUUCCUUCAUGGAACAGGUCCACAAUUGCCCCAACGAAGACUGGCAGAACGACAGGUUGGCCAGGCUAGGGCCUUUCAGGCUGACCGUCGGCGUGUCGCGUUGCGCUACUGGCAAUCCAAGGGCCCCAAGCCCGAGAAGGAGACAGUGGAAGGAACGGUGAUUCCAGGUCUCAUCCUCACCGUGCUUAUCCUGUACAUGUCGGUCAUUCCUCUCACUGUUGGUGUUACACCUGAGUUUCUGCUUUCUCUUCUCGUCAUUGCCAUCUUGGGCAUUAUCGGCAAUGUUCUGGCAUUAGCUGCCAACAUGAACCUGCCAACAUGGAUCGACUUCCAGAUUCAAAAGCGCAACCAGGAGGCAAAGAAGGACAAAAUAUGGCCAUGGCAAUAACUACAUAUCAUAAUAUUUAAAAAAUA